CUGCUGAACACCAAGAAGAAGCUUGAGUCUGACCUCCUUCAGGUCCAAGGUGAAGUUGAUGACAUCGUCCAGGAGGCAAGAAAUGCUGAGGACAAGGCCAAGAAAGCCAUCACUGAUGCUGCCAUGAUGGCAGAGGAGCUGAAGAAGGAGCAGGACACCAGUUCUCAUCUGGAGAGGAUGAAGAAGAACCUGGAAGUCACUGUCAAGGAUCUGCAGCACCGCCUGGAUGAGGCUGAGAAUCUGGCCAUGAAGGGUGGCAAGAAACAGCUCCAGAAACUGGAGUCCAGGGUUCGUGAACUGGAAGGUGAGGUUGAUGCUGAAACGAGACGUGGUGUUGAUGCUGUCAAGGGAGUCCGCAAAUACGAGAGGAGGGUCAAGGAGCUCACCUACCAGACUGAGGAGGACAAGAAGAAUGUCACCAGACUGCAGGAUCUGGUUGACAAGCUGCAGAUGAAGGUCAAGGCCUACAAGAGGCAGGCUGAGGAAGCUGAGGAACAGGCCAAUACUCACCUGUCCAAGUGCAGGAAGGUUCAGCAUGAGCUGGAGGAGGCUGAGGAGCGUGCUGACAUUGCUGAGUCCCAGGUCAACAAGCUCAAGGUUAAGAGCCGCGAUGCCGGAAAGGGCAAGGAGGCUGAAGAGUAAAACCUCUGAAUUCAUGUCACUUUUAUCUGGAUAAAAUAUCCUGGUUAAUGUGACUAUUCCAACAAUGCAUACUACUGAAUAAAUAAUUACAUAUCUGAAUAUGAA